UCCUCAAGCCCAGAACAAAGCACGGCAAAAUCGCCAGCGUUCACGCCGCAUAGAAAACCGACAUACUGUCGGCGACUUCGAUCCUGGCUCGCCAUUCUAGCCACCAUAAUUGCACGGCACACCAGCUUGCUCCAUUCGCCCCGAUAGCUUCAAGCCCGACUUCCUUGCAAAGUGCAGCGUAGCAAGCAACCUCCAUAGAAGGAGCUUAUUUUCAGCAUACCAAAACGUGGACUGGCGGCAAACACGUGCGCAGGAGCAUGGCCGGCGCGUCGCGAUGGGCAGACACAGAGGAGGACGCUGCUGCUGACGCGCGGCUGAAAAAGGAAAAGGCCGAGAAGAAGCGACUCAAGGCCGAGAAGGCGCGGAAAGCAGAGGAAGAAAAGGCGGCACUGCAGCAGCGAGAACAAGAAGCGCGGCAGCGCGCAAUACAGCAACGGCAGCAGGCACAGGAACAACAAGACGAAGACCGACCUCCCGCGAAACGACGGCGUCUCACCCCCGAGCCGACACAACAAGGAGCAUCUACCGAAAUCGACGAAGGGGCCAAGCUGUUGCGCUUCGAGGGCGGGAGUUGGACCAAGUCGAGGAGCGUGGAAAACUACGAUAAACUGAACGACAUUGAAGAGGGCGCAUACGGCUGGGUCGCGCGGGCAAAGGAGAUCAAAACGGGCAGAGUAGUUGCACUGAAGCGGCUCAAGAUCGACCCGAACGAUCGAGUUGGCCUGCCCGAGACUGGUCUGCGCGAGAUCCAGAUCCUCAAAGACUGCAGCCAUCGCAACAUCGUCGAUCUGCACGAGGUCGUGGUCGGGGAUGACACGAGUCGCAUCGAGAAUAUCUUUCUGGUGCUCGAGUUCCUCGAGCAUGACCUCAAGUCGGUCCUCGAGGACAUGCCCGAGCCAUUUCUGGCCUCUGAAAUCAAAACGCUCCUGCUACAGCUCGCCAACGGCGUAAAGUACCUGCACGACAACUGGAUCCUGCACCGCGAUCUCAAGACGUCAAAUUUGCUUCUGAACAACCGUGGCCAGCUCAAGAUAGCAGAUUUCGGCAUGGCUCGCUACGUCGGCGACCCGCCUCCGCCGAAACUCACACAGCUCGUCGUGACGCUGUGGUAUCGAUCACCCGAGCUCCUGCUAGGAUGCAAGACCUACGGCGCGGCAGUCGACAUGUGGAGCGUAGGCUGCAUUUUCGGCGAGCUGCUUACGCGCGAACCGUUACUCCAGGGGACAAACGAGGUCGACGAGCUGACCAAGAUCUUUGAGCUCUGCGGCACGCCGACAGACGAGUCGUGGCCGGGGUACCGACGCCUGCCCAACGCGCGCUCGCUCAAGCUCCCGCCCAAAUCCUCGUCCACGGCCGCCCUCAUCCGCGCAAAGUUCCCCCUCCUCACGCAGGCGGGCAGCGCGCUGCUCAGCAGCCUCCUGUCCCUGAACCCGGACCAGCGGCCCUCGGCAAAGCAGAUGCUUCAGCACGAAUACUUUCGGCAAGACCCGAAACCAAAGCACGAGGCUAUGUUCCCCACCUUCCCGAGCAAGGCCGGGCAGGAGCGCCGCAGGAGGCGCGAGACGCCGAACGCUCCUGGCAGAGGCCAGGCUGCUGCUGACUUGGGCAGCGUCGAUUUCAGUGGCAUCUUUGCUGGGCGGGAAAAGGAGGAACGCGGAGGGGGCUUCUCGCUGCGUAUGGUUUAGGAAGGAGAAUGGAUGCUCAACACGCGGCGUGUGAUCCGA